ACUCCAUCAUCGCUUCAGAUCUGCGUCACGGCUUCAGCGGAGCGCUUCCUCCGUCAUCAUGGCUUGUCUCGGAAUAUAUCUUUCCCUCGCAGUUUUGUUUGGCUUCGUGACCGCCGGAUUACACAAAAGAUCAGCCCCUGUGUUCCUGGAGAAGUGGGACGCGCUCAACGUGAUCUCCCGUCAGAAGAGGAGCAACACUGGAGAUGAGGAGACCAAACUCCCCGCUAACCUGGAGAGGGAGUGCCUAGAGGAAGUGUGUGACUAUGAGGAGGCCAGAGAGGUGUUCCAGGACAACUACAGGACAGACAUCUUCUGGUCGGUCUACAUCGAUGGUGACCAGUGUGCUGACCAGCCAUGCAAAAAUGGAGCCAUGUGUUCAGAUAGUGUGGGGGGGUACGACUGCAUCUGUAAAUCCGGCUUCACGGGAACACACUGUGAGACAGAUCAGACGGUGUGUUUAAUAGAUAAGAGCAAGGGCUGCAGUCAGUUCUGUAAGCCGGGCUAUCAUUCAUACGAGUGCUCCUGCGCUUACGGCUGGAAACUGCAGCAGAAGGAGAAGUGUGUGCCCGCAGUGACGUUUCCCUGUGGUAAAGUGGGCAGCGUGAGUCAGUGGGAGCGACGGCAGUCAGAAAACAUCAAGUCGGAAUAUGAAGGAUUCCCCUGCGGCCCGGAGGAGUGUCCCUGGCAGGCGAUGCUCCUGCGGGGAUCCUCCGGCUUCUGCAGCGGCGUCAUCCUGAAGGAGAAUCUGGUUCUGACCACUGCGCAGUGUGCCAGAAAACACCCCGACUUCCAGGUGGCAGUGGGUAAGCGUAUGACGAUGUUCGAGUCGUCAGGUCAGACUCUGGCGGUCCGGCAGGUGCACCUCCACCCUCUGCACAGCACAGGUACAGCUGAGAAUGACCUGGCGCUGCUGGAGCUCCGGGACAGGAUCAUCUUCAAGAAGAGCGUGGCGGCGGCCUGCCUUCCAGAGAGAGACUUUGCAGACCGCGUGCUGACGGCGGGACAGUACAUGGGCGUGGUCACCGGCUGGAAGGACACGCCCACUGAGGACGGCAUUGAAGGACACCUGCUGCUGAACCACCUGUCCUAUCAAACACUGCAGGACUGCUCACGGCAACACUCCGCUCAGGUGUCCAGUAAUAAGCUGAUGUGCAGUCUGCCGCGGGCUAAAGCAGACUGUGUGUUUGGGCAGGGCAGUCCAGUGCUGACGCUGCACCGGGAGGUCUUCUUCCUGACGGGGAUGGUGAGCCGGCCGGCGGGAGCCGACUGCAGGAGCGGAUACAUCUUACAGAAAGUGUCUCGCGCUCUGCCGUGGUUAAACUCUAUCAUGAGCCCGUAAUUAAAGCAGGGACGUGUUAAUAUGGUAAACUACCCACCCUAAAGCUAACACUGCUCUUACACAGAGGCUGUGUCCUGUUCUAGUCCAGAUAUCUACAAACUCUCUCUUGACCUGUGCUUGUAGUCUGAUUAGCACAUGUUAUGCAUGAUUCACUCCACUACACAUUCAGUUAUUUUCCCUCAGCUUCACCACAGCGGAAUGAACCGACAACUUAAUCCAGCUUAUGUUUUACACAGUGGAUGCCCUUCUAGCCGCAACCCAAUACUGGGAAACACUCAUUCACACACACACACACACACACACACACACACACACACCAGUGUAGUUGAUCAGUUCCCCUAUAGCGCAUGUGUUUGGACUGAAACCGGAGCACCCGGAGGAAACCCACAACAACACAGGGAGAACAUGCAAACUCCACACAGAAACACCAACUGACCCAGCCGAGACUCAAACCAGAUGGUGCUACUCACUGCGCCACCCUGACGCCCCCUUUCAGAAUCAUCCUAAUCAAUAUGAAUGCAUUCGGUGACUCUGUAGGGAGCCAUUCUCACUAUUCACUAGUAGCUUAUUAGUGUGCGUGUUAUUGAGAUAUUGGCUGCUUAUUAGUACUUAUAAAGCACAUGAUCAUAUUCUACAUCCCUAAUCCAACACCUAAACUACCUUAAUAACUCUAUAAGCAGGUAAGUUGGAGUUUACUGAAGCAACAUGGUCUGCUGAGAGCGAGAACUGAACCUUACUUACCAAGUAUAACUAAUGAUAUCGUAAUAUAUAUAUCACAAUAUAUAGAGCUGAAAAUGACUAUCCCAAUGCCAGAUAUUUCCCAAUAGGAGUGUGUAAUAAUCUUAUUUACGCUUCCUCCACUGUCAGGUGAUUGAGCUUGUGUUGUCUGAUGUCUGAACACAACACUAUACUCUAGUCUAGUGUCGAGAGUAAGAGUGUGUGGAUAUCUGGACGACAGAGCUGUGUCUGCAGUGUCAUACAUCUCUUAUUUGUACCGUUUACACUGUCCUUGUGUCCACUUACACAGAGAGCAGGCUGUUCUGCUGUAGUUCAGGGACUAAACGCAUGAGCCGAGGCUGAAGAGCACGACGGCUGCUCCAGAUGUGCAUGUGCAGCGAUCAGCCCACCCUUCACUGCUGUGGGGGUAACAGCAUCAUAUAUCAGCAUUAAGCCUAAAAACACUGUUGAAAUGCAGAGAUACCGUCAUGCUAACUGUACAUUCAUUAACCGUUAUCAUUGAGUUUGCUUCUGUUCAAUGUGACUGCAGCAUUACUCUACUCCUGACACUGUAUAUUGGUUCAGUAAUGACUAUACUAGUGAAGCAGUGAUUUAACAACAGAAACCCGGCGGUUAUUGGAGUAGAUGUAAGUCGGAGUCGUGUGUAGAUGUUGCAGACGCUCUCCUGCUCGGCUGUUGUGCAGUGAUGUGUUGUUAUAUCUCCUUAAAGGCUCAGUUCACCCACAGAUGAAGACGUGCUCUGCUUACUCUCCCUCUAGUGGUGUUAAACCGUCAUGAGUGUCUUUCUCCUGUUGAACACUGAAGAAGAUAUUUUGAAGUAUGUUGAAAACCGGUAACCAUUGACUUCCAUAGGAAAAACACACACAUGUUGAAGGGGGCGGGGCAUGUCGGACACUAGAGUGGAUUUGAUUGGUCAGGAGUGUUGAUGAGAGGCUCUAGAGAGUGUCAGGAAUGUUGAUCUGUGCAUUGUGUUUUUGAAUAAUUGUGGUUUUAAUAAAAGUAUUAAUGCUACACA